UGUCGUUUGUAAAGCAUCGUUCUUUGUUUGUUAAUAUUUUUACAGCAAAGUAACAUGUCACGCCGCGGUAUGGUUAUACUCUGUGGCAGCUUGAUAACCUGCUAAACAUCUAUUAUCGCCAUUGUUUUUGACGUAAGCUAGCUAUGCUAACGUUAGCAUUGCUACCAGACUGGUUCAUGUUCUGCCAACUAGCUGCUGUAUUUCAACAGAGGACGAUAAAAAUGACAGCAUCUACAGCAGUACAUUGAUGGACAUCGGUGGUUGAAUUCAGGAUGAAUGAGAUGAACCUGAGUCCAGUGGGCAUGGACCAGCUCAGUGUGCCCUCUGUGAGCGCCAGCCACCUGGGUCUGCCCACAUCCCCCACACAUAACCCCAUCCCCACCCCAGGCAUGCCAGUGGCCAUCCCUAGUCUUGGUCCUUCCCUGGGCUCCCUUCCUUCUGCCCUCUCGCUGAUGCUUCCCAUGGGUCCGCUGAGUGACAGAGGAGUGAUGUGCGGCCUGCCGGAGAGGAACUACUCCUUGCCGCCGCCUCCGUACCCGCACCUCGAGAGCAGCUAUUUCAGACACAUAUUGCCAGGUAUUUUGUCCUAUCUGGCAGACCGUCCACCACCUCAGUACAUUCAUCCCAGCAGCCUAAACAUGGAUGGGACCCUGUCUGUGGCCAGCAAUAAUCCCUCAGGUCUGGAUCCCUAUAGUGGCCCUGGUGGCCCAUUGGAGCAGGGCCUGGUUCCUAUGGACUCCAGACAAGUCAGCGCCCAGGGAGACCUCCACCAGACUGGGGCUCAUGAGCUGGACUCUACAGGGCUUGCCAUGGAGUCCCGUGUCAGCAGCCCCAUGUCUCCUGACCGCAUGGGAGAGGAGCUGGCAAACAUGGACGGAGUCGGGGUUGUGUCUGUGUCCGACACCCAGCAGCAGCUUGGAGGGGGGAGGCAGCCUCAGCCGCAUGAGGGCCUGACUGGGGUGGACUCCUCUGGCGGGGUGAUGCCCCUCCAUGGGCCCCCUGUGCUUGAACUUCCAGUGGUGAUGGAGCCAGAUCAUAUGGGGGGACGAGUGGGGAACUCUGGGGGUGGAGGAGGUGGAGCAGGAGGACUCGGGGAGCAGCUCCAUCCAAACGGGGAGCUGAACUCAGGGGUUGUGAGUGUUGUUCUCACAGGCUCCAUGGCCAGUCAGGGCCAGCUGGAGCCAGUGUCACUUCACGGUCACUCUGGGAUGGGGCUGGAGGCGGUGAAUGUGUCUCCCAUCACUGCGGAGGUGUCACUGGGGCCAGAAAACAACCUGGUGCUGGUCAACUCCACCCUGCAGCUCGAGGACUCUGCUGCUAAUAAGGAGAACAUGGUCACUGGCUACACCAUCUGGUGCACACUGUGUGAGCGCUCGUAUACCUCAGACUGCCCAGAGCACGGCCCCGUCACUUUCAUCCCUGACACGCCAAUACAAAGCAGAGCCCGCCUCUCGUUGCCACGAGCACUGUGCCUGCGGAUCUCAGUCGCUGACGAGCCACUGGGUGUUUUUGCACGGGAUGUUAUUCCUCCAAGGACUUGCUUCGGACCGAUGGUGGGCCAGCAUUGCAGCAAUGUGGACCUCUCUGAUUGGCCACAAAAGGAAGCACCACAAGUGUGGAAGAUGUACCACAACAACGUGCUGGAAUUCUACAUCGUUACAACGGAUGAGAACGAAUGCAACUGGAUGAUGUUUGUCUGCAAAGCAAGGACCCGUGAGGAGCAGAACCUGGUGGCUUACCCUGCCAAUGGAAAACUGUUCUUCUGUACAACCAGAGAGAUCCAUCCAGACCAAGAGCUGCUUUUCUACUACAGCAGAGACUACUGCAGGCUUCUGGGUGUUCCCCAGGUGCCUGAGGGCCAAAUCUGCCAAUGUGGCAAAGAGUGCUCAUCUUUCACCGAGCUGAAGUCUCAUCUGAGCAGCCACAACACCAACCACAGCCAAAAUCAACCCCAGCCUCCGCACAGCCACAGCCCGUCACAGCAGGACCACUCUCAACAACAGCAGCAGCCACAACAGCAACAAGAGCAACAACCACAGCAACAGCAACACCCUCACCAGGAAGAGAAGCUGGCCAACGGGACGUCCAGCUCCUCCUCGUCUCCCUGGCCCUGUCAUGCCCACGCUGCUGCAGGACAGACAAACAGUGGAAACAGCAGCACUAGAGGCGAUGGUAACAGGAACUCUGAUAGUGUUACACCCAGAGCUAAAGGUCAGGGUCACGUAAGGGAGAAGAAGUUCAAAUGCAGCAUGUGCUCCCGGGCUUUUAUCACCUCUACGAAGCUUAAUGUUCACUUCAUGGGGCACGUUGGGAUGAAACCUCACAAGUGUGAAUACUGCAGUAAGGCCUUCAGCGAUCCCAGCAACCUCAGGAUGCACCUCAAGAUACACACAGGUCAGAAGAACUACAGAUGCACAGUUUGUGAGAAGUCCUUCACCCAGAAAGCCCAUGUGGCGUCACAUAUGCUCAUCCACACCGGAGCAGAGAAGCACGAAUGUGGCCUCUGUGAGCGGGCUUUCAUCAGGAAGCAGGACCUGAAACAGCACAUGUUCUCUCACACACAUGAACGUCGGAUUCAGUGCCCAAAGUGCCACAAACAUUUCCUCAAGACCAACCACCUGAAGAAACACAUGAACUCUCACGAGGGCCGCAGAGACUUUGUCUGCGAGAAAUGCCACAAAGCUUUCCUCACAAAAUACCACCUCACCCGUCACCUUAAGAUCUGCAAAGGGCCCAAGGCGGAGAGAGCGUCCCGCAAGGAGCAGGAUGUGGAUGAGGAAGAGGACGAAGAGGAGGAAGAGGAGGAGGAUGAUAGGGGAAGAGGUGGAGACAGACUAGGUGACUCUGCUAGUAAUGAAGACUGUGGUUUAGAUGUUGGAGGCUAUAGCUCUGAGAAGUCCCUGUCUCCCCCUCAUUGACGACACUGCGUCUCUUGAUGCCUUGUUUAUUUAUUUAAUUUGUUAAACUGACAGUGACCUCUGGUUUGUGCCAAAUCUGAGUCACUAUUUUUGAUUUUCAACAUUUGAAGAAUCAGAACAUUAAAUUGCUGCUACAUUAAUCUUUGCCAACCAUUAAAAUUCUGACUAUAUUUCUGCUUUUAUAUUUUAUUUAACUCAGGACUGUUUAAUUAUAUUUAUAUAAGCUAUCUUAUGUUGUUAUUCUGUUGUCUGACUCACUUGCUAAUAUGGGGUAAAUGGCUGAUUUUCAUAUGUAACUACAUCAUAAUAUCCUCUACAUUUUCAGAUGCCAUUUACUUGGAUUUAUUUUAAGUUAUUUUUUCAUUGUGAAUCGAAGCAACCCUUAUAAAAUCAGGGACAUUUACGUGAUGCUCCUCAUUUUGUGUUGGUUUGAUGGUAACAUUUUUUAGCCCCAUCCUAUUUGUUGCAUAAUAAUUUUCUGAAUAAAAAAUAUGAAGAUG